GUGUCAUUUCAUUGUCACUGUCAAUUUUGGUGAUGGUGUUUGUUUGGUUGGUGAUUUCGUGAUUUCAUUUGCAAUUUACGAUUUCCGUCUUACUUAUUUCCUGAAUCGUUAUAAUUAUAAAGAAAUAAAGAUAAUAAUGAUUCGUAGCUCAAACACAGAUAUUACGUAGUUUAGUAUAACAUCGUAUAUUGUGAAGGAAACAUAUGGGGACACCUCCAAACUUGCCCUUAUUUUUGAUAGCAAUUAUUGUGAAAUAGGUUUACUGUAAAUAUAAAUCCAUAUACAUAUUUUGUUUAUCGUUACCGUGAGCUUUGUACAUCAUGUCUUCAAGGUACGAAGUGAUGAGGCAUCGCGAUCGGUCUGAAAAUAGAUCAAUAGAUCGGCACCGUGACCAUAGGACGAGGAGUAAAGAUAGACGGUCAAAAUCUCACUCUCCAGCCAGAACUAAACAUAGAUCUUCCAGUCGUGACAAAAAGAAAAAAGACAAAAAGUCCAAGAAGAAAAGUAAAAAGAAGAAGAAAAGGGAAUCAUCUUCUAGCAGUAGUUCGAGUAGUGACACAGAUGAAGAGGAAUUGAAACUCCUGCAAAGGCUGGAAGCCGAAAGGCAGCGUCUGAAGGAAGAGAAACAAAAACAGAAAGAGUUGAUGAAAGCUAAUGAGACUCCAGAAGAGAAGAGGGCUCGUCGCCUUAAGGAAAAGCAAGAAAAAGAGCGCAAGAGACGUGAGAGAAUGGGUUGGGACAAUGAAUAUCAAUGUUAUACCAACCAGGACAACCCAUUUGGGGACUCGGCACUGACCAAUACAUUUGUCUGGACUAAGAAACUUGCCAAAGAAGGGGUCAAGACAGUCUCCAGGGACGAGCUGGAAGCUUUAAACAGGCAGAAACAGAUGGAGAACAAGAUUGAAUUGGAAAAAGUAAAGCAACGUCGCCUAGAGCGCGAGGCAGAGCGCGCGGCGCGCGAGGCGGAGGCGGCGGCGGCGGCGCGCGCGCGCGAGGCGGCGCAGUUCAGCAGCUGGGCGCGCCACGAGGACGCCUUCCACCUGCACCAGGCGCGCCUGCGCUCGCAGAUCCGCAUCCGCGACCAGAGAGCCAAGCCAAUCGACCUGCUGGCGUGGUACGUGAGCUCGGAGGAGUGCGUGGACGCACUGGAGAUGCACGAGCCCUACACUUACCUCAACGGGCUACAGGCGCAGGACCUCGAAGAUCUUCUCGAGGACAUCAAGGUGUACCAGGAGCUGGAGAGCGCGGACAACCAGGGCUACUGGGAGGACGUGCGCACCAUCGUGCUGGACGAGCUGGCCAAGCUGCGGCGCCUGGCCGCGCCCGACGCGCGCCGCGACGGCGUGCACCAGGCAGUGGCCGAUGACGUCACGCAGAUCUUCAAGGGCAAGACGGGCGCGCAGCUGGAGGCGCUGCAGACGCAGAUCGAGCAGAAGAUCAGCGGCCGCCGCGACGGCGUCGACGUCGGCUACUGGGAGAGCCUGCUCAGCCAGCUCAAGGCGCACAUGUCUCGCGCGCGGCUGCGCGACCGGCACCAGAGCAACCUGCGCCGCAAGCUGCAGCUGCUCAAGCAGGAGCAGGGCGUGCAGCCGCCCGCCGCCGCCGACGCCGGGCCCGCCUCCGCCGCCGACGCCGCCCGCCAGCCGCAGCCGCACAACCUGCGCCGCAAGCUGCAGCUGCUCAAGCAGGAGCAGGGCGUGCAGCCGCCCGCCGCCGCCGACGCCGGGCCCGCCUCCGCAGCCGACGCCGCCCGCCAGCCGCAGCCGCACAACCUGCGCCGCAAGCUGCAGCUGCUCAAGCAGGAGCAGGGCGUGCAGCCGCCCGCCGCCGCCGACGCCGGGCCCGCCUCCGCAGCCGACGCCGCCCGCCAGCCGCAGCCGCACAACCUGCGCCGCAAGCUGCAGCUGCUCAAGCAGGAGCAGGGCGUGCAGCCGCCCGCCGCCGCCGACGCCGGGCCCGCCUCCGCAGCCGACGCCGCCCGCCAGCCGCAGCCGCACAACCUGCGCCGCAAGCUGCAGCUGCUCAAGCAGGAGCAGGGCGUGCAGCCGCCCGCCGCCGCCGACGCCGGGCCCGCCUCCGCAGCCGACGCCGCCCGCCAGCCGCAGCCGCAAACGUCCGACACCCCCGACGCGGAGCCGAAGGAGGAGGAGAAGGCCGAGCCGGCAGCAUCGACCGCGCCCGACGACGACGGCUCCGACUCGGAGGACGACAGCGCGGCGUGCGUGGCGCUGUACCGCAGCGGCCGCUACUCGCCCGCGCUGCUGUCGCCGGCGGCGCUCGAGCCCGCGACGAUUCUGACGGACGUGGCGGACGACGAGCAGCGCGUGAGCUUCCUGCGCCACGCGCUGCACGCGCACGCCGCCAGCGCGCAGGCUGCGCGCGCGCCGCCCCCACUCGCCGCUAUGGCGAGCUCGCCAGCGGGCGAGGGCAGCAGCACGGCGGCGCUGGAGCGGCUGGCGGCGCGGGCGCUGGCGGCGGGCGGCGGCGCGGCGCCGGACCACGCGCCCUUCGCCGGCGAGCAAGCGCUGCCCGACGCGCCCUGCCUGUGGGCCGACAAGUACCGCCCACGCAAGCCGCGCUACUUCAACAGAGUGCACACGGGCUUCGAGUGGAACAAGUACAACCAGACGCACUACGACAUGGACAACCCGCCGCCCAAGAUCGUGCAGGGCUACAAGUUCAACAUCUUCUACCCCGACCUCAUCGACAAGAGCGCCACGCCCGAGUUCUCACUCAAAGCAUGCCCCGAGAACCCCGACUUCGCCGUGCUGCGCUUCCACGCCGGGCCGCCCUACGAGGACAUCGCCUUCAAGAUCGUCAACCGCGAGUGGGAGUACUCGUACAAGCGCGCUUCCGCUGCCACUUCCACAACAACAUCUUCCAGCUGUGGUUCCACUUCAAGCGCUACCGCUACCGCCGGUAGACUGCCGAUCAAUAUAUUGUUCAAAUGUACUGGCUCAUUCAUUUUGUCUACCCUCUUUUUUAUAAUUUGAAUUUUAAGAACCCACAAAGCGGAUUUUACCUGCACCCGUCGUUUUUACAAACUCAUAGUCAAAUGAUAUUUCCCAUCUGAGGU